AGCAACGAAAACAGCAGCAGCAGCAGCAGCAGCAACAAUCAGCAACAUCAGCGCCCUGUGUGCACCGACAAUAAUAUGAGGAGUGGCAGUUCGGAAUUACUACUCGAGCAGCAACAACAAGAGCUACGGUUACGUAAAAUCCGAGAACUGGCUCCAAAAAAGAAAAAUGGCAAUCGGCGCUUUCGUUCGUGGCGGGAACGUGCGCGUUUCUAUGGCACCUCGACACUGGCCUUCUUUUCGGUGACCGCCGGCGCAUCGUUGCUAUUUUUAGUCCCGCUCUAUGUGGAUCCGGCCAUAUCGACGCUAAGCCACGAUUUUAUCGAAAAUCCAACAUUGUGCACAACAACGCGUCGGGAAGAUCUUGUUGGUAUUUUCAAUUGCUCGUGGAGUUCAUGCCGCGAGGGUUGUACAUCCGAUCUAUACCGUUGUGUUCAUAUCUAUGUGACGUUUAUUGAACAAAAUAUAACCAUACCAGAGAAUAUGACCGAUUAUGCGAACUACACGGCCGAUUGUGAACAAUCCAGUGAGGCAACAUUACUUGUCAAUAUCAAGGGUUGCGGCUAUCCACCCACGGUGACAUGUAAAAAUUUUAAUGCCUACUAUGGCAACGAAGGUGCCAUCUAUCCGUGUUAUUAUUCGCGCAAAAAUAAAACCGUUGUGCUAACCUCAUACAAUCAUGAUGAUCAAGUGGCCAUGAUAAUUCACUUCUUUGCGGUGCCCUUUGUGAUAACCGUCAUCUCAUCCAUUGCCCUGUGCAUUAUGCAUUGCGAUUGUCGCUGUAAAAAGGAUCGCAGUCAUCGGCGCAAUCGUCCACAGUGCCGAAGGCCACGUAUCGAGAAUCUCAGUGACACAUCGAUAUCGACACGUGUGGAUAUGCUUACGCCUGCUAUUGAAGUCUAUAAGCCGCCACUCUGACACAAAGAUGACACUGUGGAGAGCAAUUUAGGGAAUCCAUCAACGAGUAGCGAUUUCUAGCAGAACCUGAUUAACUGAACUGCUGAAUUAUACUACGGAUAAUCUAUUUGUUCUUCCAUCAUAGUGUCAAUCCAGAACGAAAAUUUUGUCAAAAGAUUUGCAACUCAAUAGAACGGCGGCCAAAAGAACUCAUCACGCCCUCCCCCGCACUUGCGAUAAGCGAGAGAAAAGACACACGUAGAGAGAAUGAGAGAGAGAGAAUGAGAACUCAUGCGUAAAUGAAAAUACUUAUAAAAUAAUUGAUCCAACUGAAUAAUUCUUAAGAUUGAUUAAAUUUAGUUAAUUUUUAGCGUACAUGAUUUUUAAACCUAAUCGAUGAUGAAGAAAGCAUGAACAACAACAACAACAACACACACUCACAAAAACAAGUAAAAUGAAAAGUGUAACAAUUUAGCUUUUAAGUGUAGGGUAUUCAAUCUAGUCGGCGUGCAUAUUUUCAUAAAUUUGAUGAAUAAGAAAAUGGGGCAUCUGUGUAACUCGUAUUUAUAUU